GACAGUGACAUGGAAGUGAACAAAAGAAAAUUAGCCACCACCAAUUCUGGAAGUUCUAAAAUGUGGUUUCAAGACGUCAUGGCAUAUCCCUUCAAGCGACAAGAACACGAACAUGUCAUUUUAAUUUAUGUAUUGUCGCCAUUUUUGUUCAACAAUGUCCACCAGAAUGAUAAAUGGAUGGCCUGGGCAAAAGAGUGGAAGUUACUACCGAGUGAUGGGGACUUAACUUUCCAUCCCCUUCCUCAAAACAUUUUAGACACUGUUUACAUUAUAGAGAAGGCAUUUGAAGUACUUUGCAGAAGUGUGAAGCAAAAAGGGCAGAGGUUUUUAAAAAAUAUGUUAGAUUUGGUUGAGAACCUUGAGAAAAAACAAGAUGCACAAAAUGCUUUGGUCAAGGCAAUGAGAUGUAGUGAAUUCAUGAUUAUGAGUAAUGAGUUAACUGAAAUUAGUGAUAAACUUUUAGAAGACGUUACUGGAGCACUGAUCUUAGUUUCCAUGCAGUUUUAUGAUCAUGUGAUAAAACUAACUCAAAAGGGCUGUAACCUGGAGGAAGAAUUCAAAGCUCAAAACAGGAAAAAUGCCAAGACUAGUGAUGAUAUCCGCAUGAGGGGUAAUAGAGACUUCAAAGAAAGCAAGUACACAGCCGCAUGCCAUACCUAUACAAAUGCUAUACAAUUGGACGCUUACAAUGAAAGAUUGUAUAGUAACCGUGCCUUGUGUUACCUCAAGACUGGUGAUUAUAGAAAAGCAUUAUCUGAUGGGAAAAGAGCUAUCAUUGUAAAGCCAUCAUGGCCUAAGGGUCAACAUCGAUACGCUGAAGCAUUGUUUGGUUUAGAACAACAUCAGGAUGCAGUUAGGGCCAACAUGUUGGCUUUGUCAGUGUGCAGGGAAAAUGGUUGUUCUGCAACUGAGUUGAGAGAAUUGGAAACUCAGAAAGAAAAAUUUGCACAUAAAGUUCCUUUUAGAGAAACUUCAGUAAAUCAAGAAAGUGAUGAUGACGAUGUGCCAGAUUUAGUUGAUCAAGGCUCCAGUGAUGAAGAGACAGAGUUUAGUAAUGCCAAUAUUAAAAAAACUGCUAAAGUGAAUAUACAGUCCUUGCCUGAAGAAGUAAAUGGACUUCCGCCACUGGUUGAUUUAGAGUCAGAUGUAGACUCAGAUUCAGAUGCACCGUCUGGCGGUUCACUCAAAGAACCACUUAUUUCAGUACCCCACCCCAUUCGUAGAAGUGAACAAAAACCUAAAACUAAAAAUGAUUCUAAAAAGCAACCAAUCAAAAAAGAUUUUAAAGAAGCCUUGUGUAAGGGUUCAGAAGCAUUGUUGGAAUCUAGACAGAGAAUUGCUGUUACGUGGUACAGGAAAGCCAAUGAUAUCAUGUCAACCAAAGGGAAGGACAGUAAACUUCUGAAUGAUGAAUUUGAAGUAGUUGUAUUUCUAUAUGCAUUUGGUACUGCUUUGUUAGAGACUUCACAAGUUCAGGAGCUGGAAGAAGCUUUUGAAAAGUUUCAGUGUAUAAUUAUUGAGCAUCAGUCAAUGAUAUUUCCGUUAGCAUACUAUGGAAGAGGAAGAGCAUUUAUUCAACAAAACAGGUACUUGGAAGCCUUAGUCCCACUUAAAAAAGGAUUGACAAUUCUCAGUCGACAUACUAAUUGUCCUGUCCUUGAUUGGCCAGGCACAAAACAAAUCAUUCCAGAAAGUGAAUAUAAUAAAAUGGAGGCUUGCUUUAAGUCGCUUAUUCUGUUGUGUAAAGCACCUCCACCACCAGAUACUGUCUGUCGAUAUGAGCACUGCACCGGCUUCUACAAAGUACAGAUCUAUUAUAGUGAUCCUGAUUUUAAAGGCUUCAUUCAUACAGAGUGCUACGAUAACUGCAGGAUUGAUUAUCAUCCCUCCUGCUGGAAAAAGGUCAAGGGAAAAUCGCUUGAUAAGGAUUUUAUAGGUUAUCCUUGUUUUACACCAGAUUGCAAUGCUGUUAUUAUUCUUGUGAGAAUCUACAGUCAAGAUGGUCUUGUUAAGACAGAAUUAACUGGUGAAAAACCAGUCAAGUUUAAAAAAGAGAAGACAGCUGUACCGCCUCCUCUGAAAACUGUAAAUGAAAAGAAAUUAGAAAAACUGCGAUUGAAAAAGGAAAAGAAAAGACUAGCUAAAGAAAGCUUAGUCAAAAUUGAAAAGAGUGUGGAAAAUGCUUCUAAUCAGGUCAUUGUAAAUGGUAUUGACUCUCAUAAACGUCCUUCAAGUUUGCCACUAUCUACAUUAACAAACAAUUUGAUUCAUUCAACGUCAACUAGUCCUGGGUCACCAGAUAGCACGAAGUUGCCCACUAAUUUUGAGAUGGGUUUCAAACUAGAAAAAGAUGAAGAGGAAACUGAAAUCAAUGGAGCUUCUCGAAAAGUGUUCAAAAAUAAAUCCAAGAAGAAGAUACCCAAGGUUAAACAUUCACUUGACGUAUUCUUCACUCGUACUGAUGAUGCACAUUCAUUUUGUGAUGCUGAAGAAAAUGAUGAUGGUGAAUCCUCAUCAAGUUCAAGGAAUGCAUUUCAAUUAUUGGAUGACAACAGUCCAUUCACCAUUCCUGAACACCUACGUGAAGAUACUGCGCAACUUGAAACAAAUACGGGUACUAUCCCACAGGCUGUACCAACUGUUGAUGUCGUAGCAAAUGAAUCAUUAAGAGAAACUCUUUUCUCGUAUUUUGCAUCCAUUCUUGACAAGUAUGGACCGCUAAGUAUAGAUGAUCCCAAACUAAUCUCAGAGUUUAAUGAGACAUUUCCUUCAGAAGCCAGAGAUCUUGUCAACAGCUGUGGCGGACUUUCACAGUUUCUUUUAAAAUCAUUGCAGUUUGCCAUGGUUGAGAAUAUAGUGUGUCUUCUCAAAGACUCUGUUAAAUGCAAAGAACUUGCUAUGAAAUAUAAAAAGUCAAAAGGUGAUACAAGUCCUGUGAAUACAGACUAUGGUAAUGGAUUGUCAACGUUCAAGCAGGCAGUUUGUAAUCCUGUCCCCUGCACUCAGUAUGAAAUGUAUCACACUUACGUGGAUUCUGCAACCACUUGUAAUUUAACCAUAGAGAAUUUUCCAGCACUUUCAGCUGAAAUUUCAAAUGAAGAUGCAGUGAUUAAUGCUAGCACAGAGUCACUUAGUGAUAAUAUUGCUAAUGACGAUGAAACUUCGAAAGUUAUACGUGACAUUGCAUAUAUUGAUGCUAUACCAGAGUUUGUACCACGGCAGAAAUCAGCUGUGAGUCAGAGCAUAACAGAGCCAAUAGUUAAAAGCACUUGUGGAUUAGACCAAAAUGCUGAAUCGGAUGCUUCAUUUCAGGAUGCUUUGUGUGAUUUACCUACUGAAGAUAAGACUUCAAUGUCUCAAAAGGCUACUAAUUACCUCAUACAAUCAUUUUAUUCACAACGUUGUCAACAAACUGAAUAUAAUCCUACAAGUAGUUAUGUGGAGGCUGUUGACUCUGGAAUUGAUCCAGGAUUACAAGCUGAAGUAGGAUUAAGUUGUACAGGAAUGGGAUUAAGUGAGAUAGAUCUCAGAACAGGAACGAGUGGGAUAAAUGACUUCUGUGAUGCAGUUAGUGAAAAUAAGACACAGAAUGAUAAUACUAAUUUUUGUAACAACAAUGAAAUAUCUAGUGAGUUGGAAAACUUUGAUGAUGCCAAGGAUUCUAUUAUAUCAAAAAACAAGUCUCGUAUUUUACCCAUGAAAAAUAGCAUAAAAUACAAAAAUGCUUGUGUGCAAGCAUUUGUAUGUCCACUUCACAAUUCUGUGGGUGUGAAUACUGAGCCGUAUGAGGAUACUUAUAAACAACUCUAUGAGAAUAUCAUUCAGGAAAAGCAUAGGAUGCAGAUGCAACAUCAAGCAGCUUUAGACAGGUUUGAACAAAUGAAGAAUAAGACAAGUACAGAAAUACAAAUGUUACAAAAAGAUUUGGAAGACCGGAUUGACAUGGAAAAGAACCAGCAAAAGAUUAUUUGGGACUUAAAGCAGCAGCAUGAUAUGGAAAACAAGCAAGUUGAGAAAGACAAAAAUGAAGUAUCCAAAAGAUUCCAGCUCCAGAUAUCAAUGCUGAAUGAGAAACAAGAAAGACAUGCUGCUGAAUUGAAUACUAAGGACGAAGAUAUUUCUCAUCUUCAAAACCUUUUACAAAGUGAACGGGAUGGUCGGUUUGCAGAGAAGUUAAAUUAUGAGCAGGAUCGUGUGAGAGCAGAAGAAACAUACAAAAGCACAUUAAAGCGAGCCCAAGAUGCUGAGAUGAUGAUUUUUGAAUUGAAGAUGAGCAUUGAAAAAAGACCACUUGAAGUGAAACGUCAAGAAGCCGAGUAUUAUUGUAGACAUUUUACCAACAUGGCAGAUAGACCACCAGGAAUUAUGGGUAUGACUUCAGAAGAUGUGAUACAGCAGUGUAAAAGUGUGGCUGCCCUCUGGCAGACUUUUAGUGAAGAGCUACAGAAAAAAAUAGCAGAGAUCAAAACUUCUUAUGAAGAAAGAAUCGACAUGGUACGAAGAGGACAAAUGUUGAGUUCAUUGCCACCUAUUAAUAUUUCUCCACUACCACAGCCUCCAGCUGCUUUAUUUCAAAAUCCUCUGCUGAAGAGUAUCAGAGUGCCACCAAGCUUCCCAGCUUCAGGAGUUACUACACCACCACCUUUCAGUAUAUCACCUUCUCCGCCUACAGUGUCUGCAACUCCACCACCAGGCUUGGAUUCAGUUACAGUACCAUCGUCUGAGCCUGCUACAUCAGACAGUGCUGUAGCAGCACUAACAUCCAGUACCAACAUAGCAGUACCAACCACUGCUACUGUAACAACAGUUGGAGCUGAGGUGGCACCAGCAGUUAGUACCAGUGGCUUAGUAUCUCCUGCACCCACCUCCAAGCCUACCAUCAGUGCCAUCACACCACAUAACACUCAGUCUCACUCACGAGUCAAGCCACACCUGACGGGUACUCAACAGUCCGUACAGCAGCCACAAAAUGUUUCGCGUCAAAUGCAAUUUCCCACCUUAACAGCACAGGCACAGCAGGUACAUCAACCGAAAAAUAGCUUUGAGAAAAUUAUGUCAAAACUAAUGGCUAUGUAUCCUGUAUACAACAAGGUGCAACUGACUAAUUUCAUCAAAGAUGUGAGAUCAGCAAAUGGCAAUUCACUGUCUGGACUAUCACUUGAUGAAAUCAUUCUUCGAGUAUCUGAUCUGAUUGCAAGUGACCAGAAAAGACUGGAAGGACUUCCACAUUCAGUACAGGCUUCGCUCUCAACUGGCUGUGGAGUACCAGUGAUUAAACCUAUUCCCACAACUGCUCCACUCGGUGCAGCUGCACGACCAGUUGUCACUUCACAAAUGCCCAAACCAAUUGGCCCACCUAUGUCGCCAGUGAUGCCAGAACCAAGUCUCCAUAAUAUUGGUUUUAAUUUGGAUGAUGAUGUUGAUCCAUGUGUUAUCUGUCAUGAGGAACUAACAACUGGAGCAACAUGUGUCUUGGAAUGCAAACAUCGAUUUCAUAAGUCUUGUAUUCGAAAAUGGAUGCAUGAACAGAGCACUUGUCCAACUUGUCGUGUUCACAUACUGUUAGCGGAAGACUUCCCAAGUUUGAUGACACAACAGUUAUCUCGACAGAGGUUGUUCUAAUUGUGCCUUUUUUUUAUUGUUGAUUUUUUAAAACAUAAAUGUCACAAAUAUUUGUCUACUUCCAAGCUCUAAUUUAGUCUUCAAGCAGCCUGACAUCGUUAAUCGAUAUCACAGAUUCAUGUUAUACUUUAUAAAAU